GAUCAUGGUUUCUAAAGAGACACAUUCUCACGUCUAUUGGAAUCAUUAUUAUAACUGACAUCGUUACCACACCUAAUUCCGGAUCUUAGGCAAACCGUGUGAAAUCACUUCCCCUAAACGAUGAAGGUGCAAGCCCGACAGAAACCCCUGAGUGUUGGGUUGCCGUAGUUAAGUGGAUGGCAUGCUCUUGGUCUACCUGAUAACUUACAUCUUAGGCCAACCUUCGCUUUGCUGGAACCUUUAUCAAUAUAACGGUAUUUUAUGGGAAGUCAACGAUGCCUGGCGAGUCCGAGACAGCUUUCGUUCGGGAAGUUUGGGGUCUGCAAGGGACCGCAUACCUUGUAGUUGGUCUUCGCUACUUUAGCAGAAUUUCAACUUUGGGAUGGCGAAGCCUAUCAUGGGACGAUGCGAUCAUGCUCUUAGCUAUUGUGGUAUAUACUGCAGAGUCACUCAUGGCAUAUCUGGUCGUGGCAUUCUGGCACGGUCUUGCCAAUAACGCCUUGACAGAUGAAGAGCGUGCAGCUCUAGACCCGCAAUCACACGAAUGGCAUCUCAGAGUCAAUGGGUCGAAGACUCACGUAAUUGGUCUUCUUCUUUAUACUACGCUUCUCUGGUUAUUAAAAGCGUGCUGGGUGGUAUAUUACUCCCGUUUAACGGAUGGGAUCAAUAACAUGAAGAAACUGAUACAUUGGGGCACGGCUAUUGUCCUAUCCACUUACAUAUCUUGUCUGCUCGUCGCUUUCCUGAAAUGUAUUCCUUUCAACCACCAAUGGCAGAUUAAUCCUUCUCCAGGAAACCACUGCAUGCCGGCUAUCUCAACUCUACAGACCGUCUAUGUAAUGGUCAUGAACACCAUCACUGACUUCUAUCUAAUGGCCAUACCAUUACCAAUGGUUUGGAUUGCGCAUCUACCAUGGAGAAAGAAGCUUGUACUUCUAAUCAUGUUUAGUGGUGGCUUCCUUGAGAUGACAUUUGGCAUUUUACGAUGCGUUUCUAUAUUGACGCGUGGUGAUACCGAUCCGGCGCAGUCAGGCUACUGGUCCGUUCGUGAAUCGUUCGUCUCCGUCGUUUUGACCAACAUGCCGAUGGUAUACCCGAUAUUCAGAAACUUUGUCGAAAGAGGCCUUAGUAUAAGCAGACCUCCAGGAACGAGCCAGGGAGAUAGUAGGGGUUAUAAACUCGGAAGUAUUCCUGGUCGUCUUGAGACUAUAGGGCAGCAACGGCAACGAUCUUUCUCCAACCCAAACAACAGAGGAUGGGGGUCGAGUGAUCAUAUCAUGACCGAUAGAGAAAACGGUACCGCGUCGAAUGACGAAGAAGCCUCCAUAGAUCUACCAAAGCACCAGGCCAACGAUGUCAUAUCAGUGGGAACCUCCCCACCUUCAGCGUCGAGGCGAAUAGCAAGUACUGAGCAUCAAAUCGUCAUUACGACAGAAUAUACUGUCACCGAAGAGAGUACUAAUGGACCAAGAAAUUUAAGUCGAUCGGGUUUCCAAGAUAGGUAGCGAUUUAUUGUUGUUCGAGCGAGUGCUUCUGAUACCCACCCUUAUGAGCGUCAGACAACUAAAAGAAUGUAUUGCACCAUACCUGU